AAUAUCAUAGCGCGACAAGCCUUAGAGAACCUCGAUUGAAGAGUAGUUGAAAAGUUCAUGUGUCGGCUUUUGAGCGAUUCAGGUGAAUUGUGUAUUUGUACUUCGAUAAAAAAAAAACUAUAUUCCCAAAUUUAAAAUGGCUCCACCAUCAUAUGCUGAUCUUGGCAAACAAGCCCGUGAUGUAUUCAACAAGGGAUAUAAUUUUGGAGUUUGGAAAUUGGACGUGAAAACAAAGACCAACACCGGUGUUGAAUUCUCAACUAGUGGACACUCAAACCAAGAAAGUGGAAAAGUAUUUGGUUCACUUGAAACCAAAUAUAAGGUUCCCGAAUACGGUUUAACCUUCUCGGAAAAAUGGAACACAGACAAUACAUUGUUCACUGAUAUAACUCACAAUGAUAAAUUGUUGAAAGGAUUGAAAUUGACAUUCGAAGGUACAUUUGCACCACAAUCAGGUAACAAAACUGGCAAAGUCAAGGCCUCCUAUGGUCACGACUUGGUUACUGUAAACAGCGAUGUUAACUUGGAUUUGGCUGGUCCGGUUGUUAAUGCAUCAGCUGUUGUCGGAUAUGAAGGUUGGCUAGCUGGUUACCAAACUGCAUUUGAUACGCAAAAAACCAAGCUGGUCACAAAUAACUUUGCUUUGGGAUACACAAAUAAAGAACUUGCCGUAACUACAACCGUGAAGGAUGGACAAGAAUUCAAUGGAUCCAUUUUCCAUAAAGUCAAUGAUGACUUGAACGCUGGUGUUCAAUUGGCCUGGACUUCAGGAUCAAACGCAACCAAAUUCGGCAUUGGCGCCCAAUACUGUUUGGAUAAAAACAGCAGCGUUCGCGCAAAGAUCAGCAAUGACAGCCUUAUUGGUCUUGGAUUCCAGACAAAGGUUCGUCCAGGUGUCUUGUUGGCAUUGAGUACUUUGGUUGAUGGCAAAAACUUCAACACUGGUGGCCACAAAGUAGGCAUCGCUCUUGAGCUUGAGGCUUAAGUGAAAAAUUUCACCGGAUCGAAAAAUUGACCAUUUUUUUGUCCAAUCAAUUAGAGAAUAUUUGUUCAACAUUUAACAUAAUAAGACAAACAAAAUCAAAAUGAAUAAUAACCUAAACAUUUAAUUGAAUCUCACAUAGAUCAGGUGAGCAAUAUUCCAAUUGGAUGAUUAAAAACCGCUUUUUAUUAAGUUUUGUUAAUUUGCAUUCAUUUAAAAUUAAUUGAAAACGGUCCGACACAAACAGAAAUGUAUUUUCAAUUAAUUCAUUAAAUUAGAAAAUUCAAUCAGAAUAAAUAAAA